UUGCGGCUUGAUUGUGGUUGGGUCUUCCAGUUUCCUCACAGCAAGUGGCAUCAGUUUUCGUGUUUGUGAUUCGAGAAUCGUGAAAAAAACACCCAAUUUCAACUCUGUGAUAUCUUAACACCCUUUUAUAGCAUUUUCGAUGAUUAAGUUUUAACUUUGUUGGUUUAAUGUGUUUAAUUGCCAAUAACUGGGUAAUGGAGAGCUGGAUGCAGGAUGUGGUGUCUAUGAUGACAGAUCCGGGAGUCGGGAGCGAUGUCUCGUCGGGGGUGCCACAGAUAAAAAAGGAGUUGGAUGGUUUUCAAGAUUGUUCACCAUCCAACAGUGAUAUGUACUCCCCGACAACCACUGUUAUGCAUGAUACAGGAAUCGACUUUCAAGAAGCAAAUCAUUACGACAGUAGUAUACGAUCUCCGGGAAGUCCAGAACGACAGUAUUGCUCGUCAACGACACAACCUCACACUGACUCAGGGAUGGGACACAUGGAGGAUGAAAUGAAAGAAGAGGAUUCUCCUCGAAGAUUAUGUCUCGUUUGCGGUGAUGUUGCCUCAGGUUUCCACUACGGUGUUGCUUCAUGCGAAGCGUGCAAAGCUUUUUUUAAACGGACAAUACAAGGUAAUAUAGAAUAUACGUGUCCAGCAUCUGGAGAAUGUGAAAUAAAUAAAAGACGAAGAAAAGCUUGCCAAGCGUGCAGGUUCCGUAAAUGUUUAAGAUCUGGAAUGUUGAAAGAAGGGGUGCGAUUGGAUAGGGUUAGGGGUGGUAGGCAGAAAUAUAGAAGAAAUCCGGAUAGUCCAUAUCAAGUACAGGUCGUUUCGGCACAGAGACCGAUGCUGCAAUUAGAAGAUAUAAAAAUGCUGGACGCCUUGGCCAUCUGCGAGCCCGAUUGUCUCGAAAUCAACAAAGCUCUAGAAAACUCGAAACAUCGGACCCUUUCCAUACUCAGCGACCUCUACGACCGCGAAUUGGUAGGAAUCAUCGGUUGGGCAAAACAAAUCCCGGGAUUCACCGAUUUAUCCCUCAACGACCAGAUGCGACUCCUGCAAAGUACGUGGGCCGAAAUACUUACACUCACGUUAGCGUACAGAAGCGUGCCAUUGAUCCAAUUGGCCCGACUUAAAUUCGCCAACGAUUUCACCCUCGACGAGAAACAGUCGCGGGAUUGUGGGGCCAUCGAAUUAUAUCAAACGUGUUGCCAUGUCGUCGAAAGGUUAGAUAAUUUAUCAAUUUUGAAGGAAGAAUACUACCUCUUGAAAGCACUCGUUCUUGCGAAUUCUGAUGUGCGAUUAGAUGAAUCUCACUCGUUAAAAAAAUUUAGGGACUCGAUUUUAUCAGCACUGUCGGACACCGUGGGCAUUCUCAGGCCAACAGGUGUGUUGCACCAAAUCCAGCAAUUACUACUAUGCAUGCCCGCUUUAAGGCAAGCCGACCAAGUCGUUAGACGAUUUUGGUCAGACGUUCAUCAGCAAGAGUUAGUACCAAUGAAUAAGCUUUUCUUGGAAAUGUUAGAAGCGUACUGUCGGUAGCCUCGUCAUUAAAUCAACUGCCAUCAAAUUUUGUAAAAAACUUGUUUAUUGAAACAGUUUUUUCCAAAUAUUUGUCAUCCGUCAUUUAGAUUUUAAGCGUAAUUUUAGACCCAGUGAUAGAAGAAAUAGUAGAUUCCUUUUAUUUAGCUACGGUUAGUUGUAUAUAUAUUUCAUCAUAUUUCGCUUUAAUCUAAUGCAUAAAUCUUUUGUUUAUGCAUUUUUUAUUAAGUUUUCGACUUUUACCUCAUAAAUAUUAUAUUUUUAUUUAUACUGUCUAUGGUUCAAUUAUAGAUAUUAGAUUUUUCGAAUGCUUAAUUUCAUAUAGCAACAAAAUUGAUCAUUGUGAUUAGCGAAUUAAUUUGUUAACAUGCCAGUAAUUGCACAACUUUAAUGUACUUAUAAGUUUGUCACCAGGAUUUUUUGUUACAGAAAUUGCAGACAUAACACCCAUCUCAAUUGUAACAAUUAAUUUAAAAAAUGUCAAUAAAGACUUGUUGUUUAUUUACUAUA